GAUCAAGCCCUGCACUUGUGGCACGGUAGCCGACUGCUUGCUGUGAACACGCGUACUGCAUGGAAGCUACGCAACCAGGUGGCCACUGGCCAGAAACUCACGCGACGCGAGCGCCAAUUGCUGGAAACCACGGCCAAAGAUUUGGUGCGGCUGUUGCCCUUUUCUGUUUUCUUGAUCAUCCCCGGCGCGGAGCUCUUGUUGCCUGUUGCGCUGACAUUGUUCCCGACGCUCAUUCCCAGCACCUUCACCACGAAUGAACAACGACGCCGUCAGCUCAUCAUGAGGAACUUGGAGAACAGUGUUGUCCGCCGGCGAUUGUUGGAGCAUAUGGUGGCGAGGGUGCUGGUGAACCAGCGCCACGAUGCCUCCAAAGACGUUACCCCGAUUUUCAGAUCCUUGGCCAAGGGCGGCAUCAUCAGCGCUGAGGAUAUUCGCCGUCUCGCCGUCAGUUUUCACGAGGACGGGCCUUUGGCCAUCCAGAAGCUUCCUCGGUACAUCCUGAGGGAGCUUUGUAUGGUCAUGGGAAUUUAUACCUGGAGCGCCUGGUGUGAGGGACUUCUACUGCCCCGCGCCAUGCAUGCCGUCCGGCUCCGCUUCAUCCUCCAGCAGACGCUCGAGAAGCGUGAAGCCGACGAUCGCUGUUUGGCGGAGGUGGACCUCAAUGCGCUUACCCCGCAAGAGCUGGAAAGGGAGAACGAGCGAAGGCGCAUGCUUUGGUUGGGCCAUGAGUCAAACCUUCGAGCUCAGCUUCAAGAUUGGCUUUCUUUGUCUUUAGACCAGGACAUUCCCAAUCACGUCCUCCUCUUCCUGCGGCCCUGCGCUACGGAUCUACAAGAGGUUCCAGCUUUGCUGAGCCAAGAUGAGCGUGACCACAUCUUGAGACUCCAGGGCCGUUUCGCAGACGCUCAAAUCCACAAGUGGCUCCGGCAGAACGUGGACAGGUCUGCCCAAGCACCGAAGAAGGAUGAGGAGAGUGACCUGGACAAGAGCCUGAUGCAGCAGGACAUCGAGAGCCUCAAGGAACAUGUCGAAGAAGUACGUGCGGAGGUCGGCGAGAUAGAGGCAACAAAGGAGCAGCUGAAAGACUUUGGCCAAGUUCUGAAGUCGAUAGGCGACGAUGAGCUGCUGACGAUUUUUGACGCCUUGGCCAAUGACAAAGGCGUGGUGGAGAUUGAUGCGCUCGAGAAGAAGAUUCAACAGCAUCUUGGAGGAAAGCUCCCUGACGUCUCUGCCUUACACAUCUCCUUGGAGAGCUUCUACAGCGAAGACUCUGCCGCCCACAUCAGCCGGGAGGACUUCAGCGCUGCACUUUCCCGCUGUCGGCAAGACUGCUGA